AUGAUGAUGAUGAUGAUGAUGAUGAUGAUGAUGAUGAUGAUGAUGAUGAUGAUGAUGAUGAUGAUGAUGAUGAUGAUGAUGAUGAUGAUGAUGAUGAUGAUGAUGAUGAUGAUGAUGAUGAUGAUGAUGAUGAUGAUGAUGAUGAUGAUGACGAUGAUGAUGAUGAUGAUGAUGAUGAUAAUAUUUUCUGUGUCAUGUAUACGGAAAUUAGAUUGGAUGCGAUAA